AUGACUUCGGCAACUUCACCUAUCAUUUUAAAAUGGGAUCCAAAAAGUUUGGAAAUCCGGACACUCACGGUGGAAAGACUAUUGGAGCCACUUGUGACACAGGUGACAACACUUGUCAACACAAGCAACAAAGGUCCAUCAGGUAAAAAGAAAGGGAGGUCAAAGAAAGCCCAUGUUUUGGCAGCAUCUGUGGAACAAGCUACCCAGAACUUCCUGGAAAAGGGGGAACAGAUUGCUAAGGAGAGUCAAGAUCUCAAGGAAGAGUUGGUGGCUGCUGUAGAGGAUGUGCGGAAGCAAGGUGAGACGAUGCGGAUCGCCUCCUCUGAGUUUGCUGAUGACCCUUGCUCUUCAGUCAAGCGUGGCACCAUGGUGCGGGCAGCACGGGCACUGCUGUCGGCUGUGACACGCUUGCUAAUCCUGGCUGAUAUGGCAGAUGUCAUGAGACUUUUAUCUCAUCUGAAAAUUGUUGAGGAGGCUCUAGAAGCUGUCAAAAAUGCUACAAAUGAACAAGAUCUUGCAAACCGCUUUAAAGAGUUUGGAAAAGAAAUGGUGAAACUGAACUAUGUAGCAGCAAGACGACAGCAGGAGCUGAAGGACCCUCACUGUAGGGAUGAAAUGGCUGCUGCCCGUGGAGCCCUGAAGAAGAAUGCCACCAUGCUGUACACAGCCUCCCAAGCCUUCCUCCGCCACCCAGAUGUUGCUGCAACAAGAGCCAACCGAGAUUAUGUAUUCAAACAAGUCCAAGAGGCCAUAGCUGGGAUCUCCAGUGCUGCUCAGGCCACCUCACCCACCGAUGAAGCCAAAGGCCACACAGGCAUUGGCGAGCUGGCUGCAGCCCUGAAUGAGUUUGAUAAUAAGAUCAUCCUGGACCCCAUGACGUUCAGCGAGGCCAGGUUCCGGCCAUCACUGGAAGAAAGACUGGAGAGCAUCAUCAGUGGAGCAGCCCUCAUGGCAGACUCAUCCUGCACGCGUGAUGACCGUCGUGAGCGUAUUGUGGCCGAGUGCAAUGCGGUGCGCCAGGCACUCCAGGACCUGCUAAGCGAAUACAUGAAUAACGUAAGAUAUGGUGUGUGGAGUGAUGACUUCUGUAAAACUGGAAGGAAAGAAAAAGGAGAUCCUCUCAACAUUGCAAUUGACAAGAUGACCAAGAAAACAAGAGAUCUGAGAAGACAGCUUCGGAAAGCCGUGAUGGAUCACAUAUCAGAUUCUUUCUUGGAAACCAACGUCCCUUUGCUGGUUCUAAUUGAGGCUGCGAAGAGUGGAAAUGAAAAGGAAGUGAAGGAAUAUGCCCAAGUUUUCCGUGAACAUGCCAACAAGCUAGUGGAGGUUGCCAAUUUGGCCUGUUCCAUCUCUAACAAUGAGGAAGGUGUGAAAUUAGUCAGGAUGGCAGCCACCCAGAUUGACAGCCUAUGUCCACAGGUCAUCAAUGCUGCCCUCACCCUGGCUGCCCGGCCACAGAGCAAAGUUGCUCAGGACAACAUGGAUGUCUUCAAAGACCAGUGGGAAAAGCAGGUCCGAGUUCUGACUGAGGCUGUGGAUGAUAUCACCUCCGUGGAUGACUUCCUCUCUGUCUCAGAAAAUCACAUCUUGGAGGAUGUGAACAAAUGUGUGAUUGCCCUCCAAGAGGGGGACGUGGACACUCUGGACCGAACAGCUGGGGCCAUACGAGGCCGGGCAGCCCGGGUCAUUCACAUCAUCAAUGCAGAGAUGGAGAACUACGAAGCUGGGGUAUAUACUGAGAAGGUGCUAGAAGCCACAAAAUUACUUUCAGAAACAGUGAUGCCACGCUUUGCUGAACAAGUUGAGGUUGCCAUCGAAGCCCUUAGUGCCAACGUCCCUCAACCAUUCGAGGAGAACGAGUUUAUCGAUGCGUCACGCCUGGUGUACGAUGGUGUUCGGGACAUCAGAAAGGCUGUGCUGAUGAUCAGGACUCCAGAAGAGCUAGAAGAUGAUUCUGACUUUGAGCAAGAAGAUUAUGAUGUGCGUAGCCGGACAAGUGUUCAGACUGAGGACGACCAGCUCAUUGCUGGACAGAGUGCACGGGCCAUCAUGGCACAACUACCACAGGAGGAGAAAGCAAAAAUAGCUGAGCAGGUGGAGAUUUUCCACCAAGAAAAAAGCAAGCUGGAUGCCGAAGUGGCCAAGUGGGAUGACAGCGGCAAUGACAUCAUUGUGCUGGCCAAGCAGAUGUGUAUGAUCAUGAUGGAGAUGACAGACUUCACCAGAGGCAAAGGCCCAUUGAAAAAUACAUCUGAUGUCAUUAAUGCUGCCAAGAAGAUUGCAGAAGCAGGCUCUCGAAUGGACAAAUUAGCCCGUGCUGUGGCUGAUCAGUGUCCUGAUUCAGCAUGUAAGCAGGAUUUAUUAGCUUACCUUCAACGGAUUGCCUUGUAUUGCCAUCAGCUUAACAUCUGCAGCAAAGUGAAGGCAGAGGUUCAGAAUCUGGGAGGAGAGCUCAUUGUGUCAGGGACAGGAGUUCAGAGCACUUUCACUACCUUUUAUGAGGUAGAUUGUGAUGUCAUAGAUGGGGGCAGGGCUAGUCAACUUUCUACCCACCUCCCAACCUGUGCUGAGGGAGCUCCAAUCGGGAGUGGAAGCAGUGACUCCUCCAUGCUGGACAGUGCUACCUCGCUCAUCCAGGCAGCCAAAAACCUGAUGAAUGCUGUUGUCCUCACGGUGAAAGCAUCCUAUGUAGCCUCAACCAAAUACCAGAAGGUCUAUGGGACGGCAGCUGUCAACUCUCCUGUUGUGUCUUGGAAGAUGAAGGCUCCUGAAAAGAAGCCCCUUGUGAAGAGAGAAAAGCCUGAAGAAUUCCAGACACGAGUUCGACGGGGGUCUCAAAAGAAACACAUUUCACCUGUGCAGGCUUUAAGUGAAUUCAAAGCGAUGGAUUCCUUCUAG